UUUUGAUUAAAAUUGCAAAGUGUUUGGUGUUUGUAUCUUGACAUGAUUAUAAGCCCGGUGGACUAAUCAGCCUUCAAUCCAGGAAUACGGAUUACAAGGUAUCCAAUAAGAGGACGACUUGGUAUCUGAAAUCCCUGUUAAUCCCAGCCCUAAUCCACGGCCGCUGUCAAUAAAAAACGAUUCUUUUCAUUUUCCUUUAUCUUGCUUAAUCCGUCUGAAUCCCACAUGGUUGUAGUAAUCCGGAUCUCUUAAAUCCCUUUUGUCAUUGGAAAUAUCUUGUUCCUUAAGACAUCCUUUGUGCGAUAUACGAGGAAAGGCUUUUGCAAGCAUAUGCUCAGCGCAACAACACGUUCUAGUUCUGCUCGAAAGUAGGAUGGAGUUUACGUUCAGAACCCCAAACGGACGCGUUAAACACGCUUUUAAUCCAACUACCAGUCUUAAAGUUGUUAAAGAUGUCAUAGGAAGCAGUCUUGGUAUUGCUGUAGCYGAGUUAUUGAUUGGUUUUCCACCGAAGCCUGUGCGAGGAACUACAUUGGAAGCUAUAAGCAACAAUGAAGUCAUCACUGUGGCCGAAGGUCCCGAAGUUGAAAUUGUCAAGAUUAAAGAAGAGCCACAAGAAUCCCGUCAGGUGCGGGAUCAUCCCGUUCGCGUCCUCGAGGCCAAACGUCUCAUCGCUGCCGAAAUCAACCAUCAAAAAAUCGCUCAAAAAGUCAUCUGUAGGGUGAUCUUAGGGGUGUCCCAGGGUCGGCUUUGUCAGCUCAUGCAAGACACAGCCUAUGAUAACACGAUCAUCUGUAAGCCGUACCCAAAUAAAUCUCUAGAGCAUUACCACAAGAUUUACGAGUUUUUGACUCAAAGAAGUCCCAUGGAACGCUAUAAUCUUUAUUGCUCGGCCGCGUGGAGAAUCGAGAAAGAGCGACUACAGAAAAAAGAGGCAUACAAUUGCGCGGCAAUGGCGCCACCUUCGACUUCAAGCGGUGAGCUACGAGUUUCGCCUCGUCUUAGGAUUGGAACUCGUGGGAAAAGGACAUACAUUCCCAAUUUUGCCAAGAAAGCUAUGGAAAACUACUUCAUUAAUACRAGUCGUUUUAUAACYCAGGAAACGCGKGAGUUUUUCGCUCGGCAAUUGAACCUCCCGGAAGAAACCAUUCAAUUUUACUUCAAGAAUUUGAGAGCCAGRGAGAAAAAAGGAUCGUUUGUCCCUGUCAGUUAGGUCAUGGACGUCUAGUUUGUCAUUUAAGGUGUAAAUAUUCUUUGUGAAAUAUAARAAUGACACUUUUUUUUAAGUCGUAUAGAGACAAUAUGGGAUCUAUGUCCCUGUUAUGGUCGUUAAGUUUGWCAAUAAAAACGUAAAUAUUUGUAAAAUGUAAAAACGAGACUGUUUUUCUGACGUUUUCGUUUAGAUAAAAUGAUUGUUAUAAGUUAGAGUUCAAAUUUGAUACAAAUUUSUAAAGAUAAUACAAUAAUGUGAUGUAAUUUGUCGCAACUUUCUCAAAUACUGCAGCAUAUUUACUUUCUUUGUCCGUAUUUUUGGUCAACACRCGUUUGGGGUGCGUGCAUUGUCGCGUAUUCGCAACCUUUGUCUCUCUCUCUAAGCUAUGCGAUACGUCGGAUAGUUUCGUUACGGAAAGUUUGCUGCUUACGCUAGRAACGCAACGUAUAGGUGCAGCUACUAAGAUAAAGCGCGACGCACGUCUUCAAUCUAUGUGUUCUGUAAGUCAGUUUCAUACGCAAAAWCUAACUCAAAUCCUCAAGAACGUUUACGUCUUCGUGUGCGUUUUCCGUAAUCGUCUGCGAACGUUUUUUUGUUAAUUAAUCUUUGCAUUUCAAGGAGUGYGGGCGAAUUCGAUAUCAAACGUAUGAACCGCCUGCUUGUUGAAACGCAUCACUUGUUUAGCGUUUUCGUACAAAUCCUUUUGUACCUUACGGAAAACCUACUGCCCUCCUAUGCAACCGCAUCUUGAGAGGACGUGACGAAACAAGUGCCGGCUGCACACGAGGCUGAAGCCUAUAAAUUUUAGUUUGGAGUCAAUCCAGUAUUGUUAUAAAAUGUAUGGGAAGGCAUUUUGUAGGCAUCGUAUAUUCUGGUAAAUCCUCGAAGAUUUAGAUCUGUGACAAUCAGAAAAAAUUAAGURAUUUUCAAAAGUCCGCGAAGCAAAGUAUAAUAACCGCAGUGUACUGAUGUGUGAUGAAGAAAAACAUUCACAAUAGAAAGUAAUAUAGUGUAGUAAUUAUAACUAUCACAGACGUUAAUUAAUAAUUAUUUUGUGCGUGUAUUUCACGGGUUACUGUGGUUUUCAUAAACCCGUGAAAUAUACUUAGCUUCACUGCGAUUUUAUAAUUGUAAUUGUGUAUGUUUSUCAUUGUCUUUUUGUCGUAUCACUYUUUACUUUGACUUUGACAUUUUGUUUCACGGCUUUUUGGAAUUUCCUCUACAGGCCCGUUUACACUUGCGAUUUUUG